AUGGCCUCCCAAAUGGGCACCAUCGCCCAGCUGCUGGACGCUACUCUAGACCCCAGCACUCACAAGAAAGCCGAGAAUGCCCUCAAGGCAGAGCAAACCAAGCCCCAAUACUCGCUUCACCUGCUUAAUAUCGUUGCAUCAGAACCGCUUCCUCUCAAGACCCGUUUGGCUGCCGCUCUGGCUUUCAAGAACUUCAUUCGCUCCAACUACGUUGACGCAGAUGGAAACUACAAGCUCCCCGCCGAGGAGGUGCAAACCAUCAAGUCUCAGCUUAUUGGGCUGAUGAUUUCCUGCCCACCAACCAUCCAGACUCAACUUGGCGAUGCCAUCAGCAUCAUCGCCGAUUCUGACUUCUGGGAGCGCUGGCAAACUCUGACCCAGGAGCUUGUCGAGAAGUUUUCCCCCGUGGACCCAAAGAUCAACAUCGGCGUCCUUGAGGUCGCCCACUCCAUUUUCGUCCGCUGGCGACCCCUCUUCAGAACAGACGAGCUGUACACAGAAAUCAACCACGUCAUCAGCACGUUUGCGCAGCCUUUUGUUCGUCUCCUUGUGCAAACUGACGAGCAGAUUACCAAGAACGCCCAGAACAAAGAUGCUCUCAAGAGCUGGUUUGAGGCUCUGAGCCUUAUGAUCAAAAUCUUCUACGAUCUCUCAUCGCACGACAUGCCCCCGAUCUUCGAGGAACAUCUAGCUUCCAUCUCUGAGCUUCUGCACAAGUAUCUCAACUACUCGAACCCGAUCCUCGAAACCGACGAUGAUACUGAAGCUAGCGUCGUUGACACCGUAAAGGCCGAUAUUUGCGAGGCUUUGGAACUUUACACGCUCAAGUAUGAUGAGGACUUUAGCAAGUACACUGAGCCUUUCAUUACCAAUGCUUGGAAUCUUCUCUCUAGCAUCGGAUCAGAGACCAAGUACGACUUGCUGGUCAGCAAGGCCCUGCACUUCCUGACCGCUGUUGCCGGCACAUCUCAGCAUUCUGGCGUGUUUGCAAACGAAGACGUCCUGGGCCAGGUGGUUGAGAAGGUCAUUCUGCCCAACGUCGCGUUACGUGAAUCCGAUCUCGAGCUCUUCGAGGACGAGCCAAUUGAGUUCAUUCGUCGCGACUUGGAAGGUUCUGAUACUGACUCUAGGCGGCGUUCCGCCACUGAUUUCUUGCGUAGGCUGCAGGAGAAGUACGAACAGCUUGUCACUGGAGUUGUCUACAAGUAUAUCAACCACUACUUGGAGCAGGGCAAGACCGACUGGAAAGCGAAGGAUACGGCCGUCUACCUCUUCAUCUCCGUCGCCGCUAAGGGUUCAGUCACAGCUGCUCAAGGUGUCAAGACAGUCAACUCUCUUGUUAACGUAGUCGACUUUUUCGAGCAGCACAUUGCAUCGGAUCUGAUGGCUAGCGGAGGGGUGGAGCCUAUCUCUAAAGUCGACGCCAUCAAGUACCUGCACACUUUCCGCAGCCAACUGACCAAGGAACAAUGGAAGGUGGCUUUCCCUCCGCUGAUCCAGAACCUGGCAUCAGAUAACUACGUCGUUUAUUCUUACGCUGCCAUUGCGGUCGAACGCCUUCUCUUCCUGAGUGAUGAUUCGGGCAAGGCGAUGUUCCCUCGUGAGGAUAUCCAGCCUUUCGCAAAGGACCUGCUUGAUCACUUGUUCAAGCUGAUCGAGAAAGAGAAGACCCCUGCCAAGCUGCAGGAGAAUGAGUUCUUGAUGAGAUGCGUUAUGAGGAUUCUAAUUGUCCUCAAGGAUGGAGCGGCUCCUCUCGUGGAAGGUAUUUUGACGCAUUUGGUCGCUAUCACCAACAUAAUUAAGCAGAACCCGAGCAACCCCCGCUUCUACUACUAUCACUUUGAGGCCAUGGGUGCACUAGUCAGAUACUGCUCCUCAACGCACGCGGCUAUUUUCAACCAGCGUCUGUGGGAGCCAUUUAACCAAAUUCUUGUCGAGGAUGUCUCUGAAUUCUUGCAGUACAUUUUCCAGAUUCUGGCGCAACUCCUGGAGUCAAGCCCCCCGGAUGCCAUUUCCGAGAACUAUAAGGCCUUCUUGUCUCCUCUGCUUGAGCCGACUCUGUGGGACACCAAGGGCAACGUUCCAGCCUGCACCAGACUUUUGUCGGCCGUUAUCCCGGCCACUGCCGCAUACAUCGUCUCGGAGAACAAGCUGGAGCAAAUUCUUGGCAUUUUCCAACGUCUUCUUAGUUUCAAGAAGUACCAUCUGUACGCUUUUGACAUCUUGGAGGCAGUUGUCAAGGCAUUCGAGCCUACGGUGGUUGACAAUUACUUUGGCACCAUCCUGAAUCUUAUAUUCGCCAAGCUGCAAGGCAACCCGCCUGAUUCGCUCAAGCUGCGCUUUGCUCGAUUCUUCCAUCUCGUCUCUGCCCGCCUUGAGGCUGGUUUCGGAGCUGAUUACUUCAUGCAGCAUGCUGAGAAGAUUCAGGAGGGUAUUUUUGCCAAGGUGUACCCGUCGUUUGUCUUGGCUGAGACAGAGAAGCUGGCACGACCUGUUGAUCGCAAGCUUGCAGUAGUCUCUUUGACAAAGGUUCUCUGCGAUUCGCAGGCUUUCGCACAGAAGUUUGCCAAGGGAUGGGCCAACACUUGCAAGAUCCUUCUUGCGUUGCUGGUGAACCCUCCGGUCGUAUCUGCUGGUCUGGGUGACGAGCUUAUCGCCGAAGCUGACGUUGACGACAUCGGUUUCGGACUGUCAUAUACGGCACUGAACACUUGCAAGCCUAUUGCACGUGACGACUAUCCCGAGGUCACUGCCGUGGCACCGUGGGUCAGUGCCUACAUCAGCUCCGCGAACCAGCGCCACAAUGGUGCUAUCUCUAACUUCAUCACCACGCGUCUCACACCUGAGCAGCAACAAGCGCUGCAGGUGUACCUGCAAUAG